AUGCAAGGAGGCCAAAACAAAUCAGGCAGCGUCUUCACAGAGGCAGGGGCGGAUUCUGAAUUCAAGCAGCCACAGGUUUGGGUCUCAUCUGAAAUUUCUGGGACAGCUGUUAAAUGUUCGAUGGUGGGUCCUACUUCGAAAAGACGCUCUAAAAAGCUGAAGUUCAGAAAUAUUUUAGAGAUGGAAGGUUGUUUUUUUAGAAGAAAGUUCAGAACAGCUAGGAAGACUAAAAAGAAGGGGAAGUCUCUUUCUGUGAUUAAAGGGAUUUCUAAAUCUCUUAACUUGCCACCUAAUGAAUCCUCUAAUAGUCCCAUUCUUUCUUUCAAUUCUGAACCGAAAAGACAAAAGAGUGGGAGUUUUCGGGCUGUAUAUGGGGAUCAAUCGGAAAAUUCAGAUAUUUGUAGAAAUAACGAAAGGCAGUGGGAGUUCUUGGAUGGGGAUGACGGAAGCAAAUUGUGGGCAGCCAUAGUGACAUUGGGUGUGGUGGAUUCGGAAGGCCGAAAUAUUAACAUUAGUAGAAUUGAGGAAUUGGAGAAAGUGGAUGGAAAAGAAAAGUAG